ACAAUAUCAGAAACAGAAAGGUGGCUCUGGGUCUAGGACUAGGAGCAGUAGGAGCUGCCUUUAUGGCGGUGACGGUGAGAUCGUCUAUGUUCACAGUUGAAGGUGGCCAGAGAGCUGUUCUUUUCGACAGAUUUAACGGGGUUCUCGAAGAACCUAUCGGAGAAGGGACACAUCGUAAGAUUCCGUGGGUGCAAAAGCCCUAUAUCUUCGACACUCGGUCCGUAGCCUGGAAAAUCCCGUCCAACUGUGGAACUAAAGAUCUUCAGAUGGUCAACCUCACAAUUCGUGUUAUGUGUCGCCCUGUCGUAACGAUCGGGCCCGAUGUGUUGAAAGCAGUGGUGGCUCAGUUCAACGCAGACGAGCUCUUAACAAAACGUCCACAAGUCUCGGCUCUUAUACGCGAAACGCUAAUCAAGCGAGCUGGGGAAUUCAACAUUAUUAUCGAUGACGUGUCUAUCACGGAUCUCUAGUACAAUAAAGAGUUCUUGAGUGCGAUGGAGCGGAAGCAGGUGGCGCAGCAAGAAGCUGAGCUGUCCAAGUUCCUAGUGGCGAAGGCUGAUCAGGAGAGACGAGCGGCUGUGAUUAGAGCCGAGGGAGAGAGCGAGUCGGCUCGGGUUAUAUCCAAAGCUAUCGCAGAUGCUGGAAUGGGGUUGAUCGAACUUAAAUGGAUCGAGGCGGCUAGAGAGAUUCUGGUUACGCUCUCUACGUCCCCCAAUGUUGUCUAUUUGCCAAGUGGUGGGAAUAUGUUGUUUGCAAUUAACGGUCCGAGUUCGAAUCCGAGCCCUUGACUACUUUUUGGUUGACUUGGCUACUUGAAUUAAUUGCAAAAUCUGUUGGAUAAUUCCAAUUUGAGGAAGAAGCUAUCUCCUAGUAAGUUGUCAAAAGAGAUAGAUUAGGAAAAAGAAAAGUUCCUAUUAUCUUUAAGUUGUGUAAUGAUAAUUCUAAUAGGUUUAGGAAAAGUGUAAACCUAUAAAUAUAAGAGUCCAUGGAGAGGUGUUCCAUAAGACUUGAGAGAA